AUGAGGACAGGCGUUUCUCUUCUUGCGGCCACAGGUCUGCUGGGCUCUGUGUUUGCUGCUCCUGCUCCUGCACCAAACCGUGUCAAGCCUCGACAGAAAUCUGCAGUUCAAUUCCUUGACAACACAAACAAUCCCACCGCCACUCCUUUUGGACCUGCUGGUGCUUCUGGCUCGCUCAGAGGUGGAUCUGAACUCUUGGGCGUUAAUCCUACCAAUGUCAUCAAGUCUUACAACCCUGGUGUUGUGCCGUCAAGUGCCUAUAGUGUAGGUCCGCUACAGACUGCAGAUGCGGAUACUGGAUUCUACCUUGAUCUGAGUCAGAUUGAGAACCCGCAGCCUAUCCGUGGUGAAGGAGGAAAAUCACCUACAGACCCUGGGCCAAGGAAUGAGAUGAUUGAGAAGCAGAACCCGGACCUGUAUGCUCCUCCAGGUACCGAUGCCGGCGAUGUCUCGAACGCUAAAUGGCCCCUUGGUCUUUCUCACAACAGACAUGGAAAGAACGGCGCAGGAUGGGCAAGACAGCAGAAUGUCGAUAUUCUUCCCGUGGCCAAGAACAUGGCUGCUGACAGGUUCUCAGGNCACCAAGCCAACGAGUGGUCAUACAUUCUGAACGGCUCAGUCCGCAUCAACGCCGUCAACGAAGCCGGCGAGACCUUCACCGACGACCUAUCCCAAGGCGACGUCUGGUUCUUCCCUGCCGGAGUGCCUCACAGCAUCCAAGCCGGCCCCACCGGCGUCGAAUUCCUGCUCGUGUUCGACGAAGGAAGUUUCAGCGAAGACAACACCUUCCUCGUCUCCGAGCUCUUCGCCCGAAACCCCAAAUCCGUGUUGGCCAAGGACUUGCGCGUCGAUCUCUCAGCUUUGGACAAUAUUCCCCAAGACCAGUUGUAUAUUUUCAAUGGCUCGGCUUAUCCAGCUAAUGUCUCUGAUCCUUUGAACAAUGUUACUGGUCCUGCAGGCAACAUCCCCAACUCUAAAGGCUACUCUUACCACUUUUCUGAACAAGCACCUUACGAAGUCCCCGGUGGCAGUGUCAAGAUUCUCGACACGCAGACUUUCCCAGCAGCUUUUGAUUUCGCCGUCGGUCUGUUCACAAUCAAGCCCGGCGCCAUGCGCGAACUGCACUGGCACACCACUUCCGACGAAUGGGACUUUAUCCUCUCAGGCCAAGGCCGUCUGACUCUCUUCCAAGCACCCCAAGCCUCUCGCACAUUCGACUUCCAAGCUGGCGAUGUAGGCUAUGUGCCUGUAGUCACUGCACACUACCUCGAAAACACUGGCACAGAAGACUUGAUCUACAUUGAAGUGUUGCAAGCGCCCAUCUACAACGAUAUCAGUGUUGCACAGUGGUUGGGCUUGACGCCUAAACAGGUCGUCAAGGAACAUCUUGGGUUCAGCGAUGAUACGCUUAAUCGUCUGCCUAAGAUCAAGCCGUUUAUCUUGCCUGGAAGUACGGAUUUGGGGGCGACGAACUUCACCUCUGAGGUUGAUGAGAAUGCUAUUGCGGUACUUGUGCAUCACAUCAGCAAAGAACAGCUAGUCAGACAGAUUUGGACAGAAAAGAAGAAAUUUCUGCUAUUGCUGCGCAGACCUGAUGACUUACUCCAUCUGCUGGACGGGAUGAUCCGGACAAGGAGCAUACACAUGGUCAACGACACAGACGAGGAACAGACGUUGGUAGAUGACACGGACGAGGAGGAAUUGCAAGCUAAUAGCAUGGAUGAAGAGGAGAUACUGGCUGAUGAUGUUGUCGAUGACGAUGAUAAAGCCGACAAUCUUGCAAAUGACCACACAUCAGCAGACGAGGAACCUACUAUAAAAGCAAUCAGGAAGACUGCUCGCUCUAGCCGGAAGUAUUAG